UUUUUUUGCAUCAAUGUUUUUCAAGUGUAAACUGUAGACUCGGUUUCGGCAAUGUGAGAGUGUUCAAUCAAAUGGUAGUGACAAGGUUGCUCCGCUAUAAAGCAAUUUAACUGGUUGCAUUCGAUUGACGGAUUGAGAACUGCAUUAAAGCGAAAAAUCAACAAUUUAACAAACAAAAAAUAUAUAUAUAUAUGAGAAAAAAAGCGAAAAAUCAGCAAAAACACAACAGCUACAGUGCGUAGGCAACGGUAUUUGCACAGCAUUAAGUUUUGUUAGAACAACAAACAACAACAAUUCUACAGUUCAUUUGCGUUCGCAAAUAAACAAUAGCGAGCGAUUGUGAGCGUGCGGUGAGCGAAAAAAAAAAAUUACGCCAGACACAAAACAACGUGAAUACUGGAAUCGGGCAACGCUUAAGGACAACAAGUAGUGUGAGGAGAAGAGCAAGCUUAACAGUAUUAACGGUGCCCUUUUGGGUGUCAUCGGCUGCGGCGUUAACACGCGCGGCGGCCUUGACAGCUGUUUUUGUAGGACAACGGGAUCUGCAGCGCAUAUCUCAUAUCCAUUUUCGGGAACCUUGUUGGUUCUGUUUUGGAAGCUGCCGAACUGCCAAUUGUGCGUAUUUGUAAUUUUAAUGGCAUUUCGUUGUUUGUUAUAUGCCACAAAAGAUGAACAAUGAACAAAUUGGUGUUUCAUCAAUAUCAUCAACAACCUUAUCAUCCGCAACAUCCACAUCUGCUGCUGGCAAUAGCAGCGCAGCUGCUGCGCAACUCAUCAAGGCCAUAUCAACAGGCACCGCAACCGCCAACGCCACCGCCACUGGCACUGGCACUGGCACCGGCACCGGUACCGGCAACGCCAAAGAUAAAGACAAAGACAAAGACACAAAUAUUGCCACAUUGGUAACAAAAAUCCAAGCGAUUAUACCCGAUACGCCCAUCGUUUCAAUUGCCGCUGGCACGUUGAGUGAGAGCACCUCAACAACCACAUCCACUAAGACGACACCGACGCCCUAUUUCCAGGAGCAGCUAACCACCUUAAUGUCGCACAAUGUGAAGCUGGAGCAGCGUCCGGCCAACGACAGCAGCAACAGCUACGACCUGUCCAACAAAAACAAUAACAGUAGUCAAUCAGCAGCUGCCGCCUCUGUGCUUAGCCAAAAUCAUGUGCCGGCCGGUGAUAAGAAAAGCAAUAACAACAACAACGGUGCUGCUGGCAGCAGCAGCAGCAGUCGUAGCAGCAUUGCGAACGCAACGCAUCACAAUUUGAAUUUAACACCGCUGUUAAGCAAAUCUGGCCAACCAGCACCCGAGGUGAUUGCUGCCGCAACUGCGCUGCAUCAGCGACGCGGUGCUACCACCAAAGGCAAGACCCAGGAUGACCAGAAUGUGGGCAAGCGUCAGAAGAAUAAAAAGACAAAGUACGAUGCUUGGGAGGAUAGCGAAAUAAAUGAUCUCGACGACGCAUCAUUAAAGAAACUGCUCGAGGAGGCCUAUUGGUAUCGUAAUCCGGGCGAUAGAAAAAACAAAAGUGAGCGUUUUCUGCAAAUGCUCAAAAAGGCUGAGUACGACGAGGCGAACUCUUAUCGUGCCAUUAAGACCUGUCUAACACGCAAUACGUCCGCAUCAUCAUCAUCAACGUCCAGCGGCUAUUACGGCCACAGCAGCAGCGUCGGUAGCGGCAGCAACUUUGGAGCGCACAAUAGCAGCAGCAGCUAUCAUACAAAUCAUCGGACAGCGUCGCAGCGUCAUAAGCAGGGCGGCUCUUUGCAGGAUUUGGUCGAGGCGACGCAUCGCAGCGAGCUGGCAACAACGUCAUCGGCGGCGGCAGCAGCAGCAACCCAACGUUUCAACUGUGAUUAUCAGCUUAUUGGCGCCAGUAGCAGCAGUGCUGGCAACAGCAACACCCGCGCCAAUCGACGUCAGCAGCAUAACAACAACAACAACAGCAACAACCAAAACUCCGCCUUUGUCGGCAAGAAGUCGUUGAAGAACAACAACAGCAACAACUCAUCUGUGUCAGCGCGACAACGCGAAGGCGGCAGCUUGCCAAGCAGCGUCAAUUUUGAGAUGGCUAACAUGGAUGCCAAGCAAAAGCUAGCCAUUGGCGAUGAGGGCGUGGCAAGCAAUGCCAAUCCCAAUCCGAAUCCGGUACCGAAUCCCAAUCCGAAUACCGCCAAUACUGCUAACAGCAAAGGCAAUCGCAACAGCGCCGGGAGCAGCAGCAGCUUGCCCAGUCAACUGAAUGAAACUGGGAAUACCGUCAUUGAGUUCGAUGUGGAUGGGAAUGGGGAUCGGGAUGCUGCUGCUGCUGCUGAUGUCGGCGGUGCCAUCGGCGGCGGCGAUGGUGGCGGCGCUUUGGCCGCCAACCAACUACUUGAUGAAGCGUUGGAGGUAAGGGAUGGCACUGUAGAGAUGUGGGACAUCAACUUGGAUGAGACACUUUGGGAUAUGAUCAAUUAUUCCCAAGCAUAUUCGAAUGCCGAAGACGAACACUUGCUUAAUGAUACAUCCAAAUUGCAGGCGGCCCGUAACGAUAAGGGAAUGCCAAAUUUGGCUGCUAACCAAGCCAUGUCCCUUAAAUGCGAGAAUCAAUCGGAUAUUCUCAAGCAACAACAACAACAACAACAACAACAACAGCAGCAGCCCGAUGGCAAGGAUUCGGGCCCUGUCAAAGAGUUCCUAAUCGAUGAUCCACUUCACUUUUCCAUGCUGGAGAUGUCCGCUAAGAAUCAGAAACUGCCACUACCGCAGUAUCCGCCAGCAUUGGCCAGUGCUGUAGCUAGCGGACAAUUUACACUACCGCUGGGUGAACAUAAGCGCAAAGUUGACGCCGGCUAUGUGUCUCUCAAUGAUAGCUACACGGCCUGCUCGUCCGUGUUUGGCUUGGCUGGCAACUUUUCAUCGGGCAGCAAGAGUUCAUCCAAGGGCUCUGGCGCCGGCAACAGCGCUGAGCUAUUUGGUGGCGCAGAUCUACGUCCGGCUAAGAUUGGACGCAUGAUGACCGCAGCGGCCGCUGCAGCUGUCGUCGCCUCUCACGGCGCCAAGGCCACAACGCGCCAGUUUGAUGAGAACGGCAACGCUUUGGGCGAUGGCUAUGCCGCUGGCAAUGGUACUGGCAGCAGCAGCAGCAGCAGCAGCAACAACAAUAACAGCAGCAGCAGUAACAACAAUAACAGCAAUGGCAGCGGCAACAACAACAACGCCAGUGGCAGCUCCUCCUUCACAACGCUUAUCACAACCACCUUGGGCAGCGGCGGUGGCAGCGCAUUGACAGCCCCGCUGCAACAGCAACAUCAUCAACAUCAUCAACUUCAACAACAUCAACAACAACAACAGCAACACCAGCAGCAACAACAACAACAACAGCGCUCGAAUAGCGUAUCCACAUUGCUCACAACUGGCGGCAAUACAACAACAACAGCCAUGGCUGCCGCCGCAGUGGCCGCAUCCUUUAAUAGCCAAUUGCAGCAGGUGCCAGGCUCUGCUGCUGCUGUUGCGCCGCCGCAGCCGCCGACGAAGCUCAAAUCGAAAAAGAAGUCACAGCAGGAGCGUAACACGACCACCGUGGAUGUGGAAUCGGUGGCCGGUUAUCGUGGCAAGGAUCCUGUUGAGCAGCUGGUCAAAUACAUUGAGAACGACGGCUCGGCGUGCGCUCAACAGCAACAACAACAGCAGCAGCAGCAAAAGAAAAAGGAGCGCAAGAAACAGAAUAAGCUUAAGAAAUGCAACUCGCUGGAGGAGUUGCGCAGUUGCGCCAAAAUGGAAGUCGAUGAACUGAAGCGUCAGUCGGCCACCACCGAAAUGAUGCGCAACAAAAAGGGGGGCAAGCACAAUUCCGCCUCUGUGGCAGACAUCAACAAGAAUUGCAACAAGGAGCAACAGCAGCAACAACAGCAGCAACAGCAACAACAACCAGCAACAGCACAACAAUCUCAACAGACAGCGGCGCCGCGCAAAAGCGAGCGUCGCUCCUGGGGCACCGAGGAGCUGCAGUAUUUGGGCGAGACGCCGCCCGCAAUGAAUGAUGCAAAGCUAAAUGACAGCGGCAACAGCAGCGCCAGCAACAAUUGCGCCGAUACGCCCUCCUCGUCACAGCUGGGCGCAGCUGGAGCCGCAGCCGUAGCCGUAGCCGCAGCGGGCACUUUGCCAGCGCUGGAAUUGCCAACGCUGGCGCGCAUGUCCGAAAUGGAGGCGCUGAAUACGGUGCUUAGCGAAACGGCUGAAUUUCAUGUGGUCACCAAAAAGAAGAAACCAAAGAAACAGCGCGCCGUCACCAUGGAUGAUGCGGCCGUUGCGGCAGCGGCAACAACUGGCGGCAAUUUGCAGCGCAUGCAACAGAUAACCAAAUCUGCAUCGUCCAACAUGAUGUCACAGCGUUUGCGCAGCAACAUGGAUUACUACAACAAUAGCAGCAGCAGCAGCAACAGCAACAACGCUGCAACUGCAACUGCAGCUGCUGCUGCUGCAGCAGCAGUUGUUGCUGGCGGCACGCAGGAUAAUUCGCGUCGCAAGUCCACGUCGUCUAUGCCGCCCUCGGAGAAAUCCGAUUCAAGUGAUCUCGACUCGGUGCACUCGCUGCCCAUACAAACCGUCAAGAAGAAGAGCAACAACAAGCGCGUCGCCGUUCAAGCCAAGCAUAACAACAACAACAACAAUAACAGCAACAAAAAUAACAACAACAACAAUUCAUCGGCGCCCAUUUCAUAUGCGGACAUUGCGCGCAACAAGCGGGAGCAGCUAGCCCACGGUUAUGGCGAGGACAGCGAUGCUGGUGGCGAUGCACAAGGUCCCGUGACGCCGCAAUCGCUGCUGCUGCUACAGGACAACAAGCUCAAGAGUAAGUCCAAGCAGCGUCCCGAUUUUCCGGAGCUGCCGGGCGCCAUGGCUGCAACAAUAACAACAGCAACAGCCACAGCAACAGCAACAGCAACAGCAACUGGCGCUGCCGCAGCCGCAGCGCUCAUUAGCUAUUCGCAGAGCCUCAACAAAACGGCUGCGCCCAGCGACAUGGAGGGCAACAGUCAGGAGCAGCAGCAUCAGCAGGCAACUGUUGUUGUCACUGGCACGCCCGCAGCAACAGUUGCAGCGGCAGCAACAAUCACAACAGCAGCUGCGGCGGCAGGAACAACUGCCGGCAGCACCUCGAAUCUGACAACAGCAGGCAGUGGCGCCAUUGCGCCGCCAGCACUGCAAAAGUCGAAAAGCGUGGAGCACGAUGCCAGCAGCUAUAGCUUCAACAGCAGCAAUCUAGAUCUGCAGUAUCCAGCGCUGGAGAAGACAGUGAAGCGGCACAGCCUCAAUCAUGUACCGCUGCCGGCCAAUGUAGCCACUGGCUAUAACUUUGCAGCAGCUGCCAAGCAGCAGCAACAGCAGCCGGAUGCAAAAUGCAGCAUGGAAAUCACACAGAGUGCAGCAGCAGUAGUAGCAGCUGCAGCAACUACCUCAGGCAAGGCCAAGUGCAAGCCAAAGGAGCUGUCACCCAGCAGCAGCAGCAGCAGCAAGAACAAGGAGAAAUUCCUUAGCCAGAAGCCUAGUCAGAGUCAGGAUGAGACAUGUUCGCCGCCGGCGCUGCCCGUUAGCUUCAGUUUGGCCUGUGGCCACAGUGGCGGCACCAUUACCUUCAAGGCAACAGCGGCCACACAGACGGAGGGCGCCAAAAAGCAUAGCGGCGGCACUGCAGCAGCUGCUGUGCAGACCACAUUGCCGCCGGUGGGCAACAGACCCGCUGUGAUUAUACUCAACGAUGAUCGCGACUCGAAGCUGGGCAGGCUCAACAACGAGUUCAUCUUUGGCGAUUUCAAUGAGGACGAACUGAAGCUCUUCGACGAUGCCAGCGACAAGGAGUCCAACGAUAAGCAACAGCCGGAACAGCAACUGUUGCAGCUGGACAAAGAGCAACAGACGACACCAACAACGGCAUCAACGGCAACCGCUACCGAUCCCCCCAGUUGUGAGCAACAGCAACUGCAGUUGCUACUCAAUGAUUCGGGCACUGCCUCCGAUGUGGUCAACAGUUCGGCCUGCAUGGAUCUGCUGCUUAUCUCAGGGCAGGCGGCACAGUCGUCGCCCAAUGCAGCUGUUAACAACAGCGCCAACAGCUGCAACAACACCAGCAGCAGCAGCAGCAACAACAACAACAAUAGCAAUAACAACAAUUCAUCAACAUCCUCGACACCAUCAUCGUCCACCUCGUGCUCCACCUCGGCCUCCUCAUCGACGCUGAGCAGCACCAAUGGCAAUGGCAAUGGCAACGGCAAUGGCGGCGGUGCCGCCAAUCAGUCAAACGAUAGCGGCAUCUAUGGCGCUGCCAACAUAUCCAAUACCAUUGCCGCCGCCGCUGCCAUCAAGGAUCAGGUCAAUCAUUUUCUCAGCAAGGCCAGCGCCAGUGCCAGUGCCAGCAGCAACAGCCACAGCCACAGCCAUAGCCAUAGCAACAGCAGCAGUUGCAGCAGCUGCCACGAUGAGCCGCUGCCCAUGCAGCAGCUGGAGACGUGCAACGAUAUCGAAACGGCAAUUAUAGCGGCCGCACGUGCUGCUGCUGCCGCCGCCUCUUCGCGCAGUGCCAGCUGCAGUCGCAGCAAUUCGCUGGAGCAGCCGCCAGCCACACAAACGGCCGCUGCCAAAACCAAAUCUCGACCAGCUCUCUACACGACCUACGGUAAUGCCGACAAUGCAGCUGCCCACGAUCAUAAUAAUGAUGAUGAUGACGAUGAUAACGAUGAUGAUGAUCAUGAUGAUGAUGAUGAAGAGGAGCAGCUGCAUGAGCUCAGCUUUAUGUCCGAUCUCAAAUCGGAUUUUGUGGCAACCGCGCCGCUGCCACUGAUGCCCACACCACCGACGCGCCAAUCUCUCAUGUCCAACACGGAGCUCAUUGUGGACUACAUCAGCAGCUCCUGGAAUGCCAUAGUCAAUAGCAAGUACGUGACCUUCUACAAUGAGCAGGAGGAGCAGCAACAGGAAACUUAAGGAAUGGAGUCAACAUGUGCGGCAUUCAAAACCCUGAUGCCGCUCGUCGUCCUCUGCCGUUGCACUCCUGCUGCAAUUUAAAUUGGAAAAAUGAAAACAAAAAAAAAACACACACACACAUACAGGAGAAAAAUGAAAG